AUGUUCAAAGCAUCAAAUCAUAUCUUACCAGCAAAAUGGACGCCGCGACCCAUGACAAGAAAAUUUAUAGCUCGAUUCAUUAAAAUAAAAUUUAUCAAAGUACUGUUUAUGGGUUGCUUUACGUUUUCAGUGAUAUUUUCGUCCUUGCAACUGGUCAACUAUUUUUUUAGUGUAAAAAGCUUAAAGCCGUUAAAGAGGCCAUAUGAAACGAAUCAAAUGUCACCACUAUCGGAAAUGAACAGUAAAUUCUGUUUCACAAAGAUACACUCGAAAACCUCACGAAAAUACAGUGAUGCUCUACAACAAUUUUAUUUUCGCGGCGAAUUAACACCGGAAGAAGACGAUGUAACUGUCGCCACAUUCGUCACUCAAGAUGAUUACGACGAUCUGAUCAGGUUAGCCGAAGCAUGGCAAGGUCCCAUAUCGGCCGUCCUGCAUGUGUCCACAAAAACCCUAAAUGAUACACAUUCAUCCUUCAAUGAACUUUAUAAGCGAAACCCGUUCCUUAAACGCCACGUCGAUAUUCAUCUGGUGGCAGGACUAUUCUCACCGCUUGACUCAACCAUAAUUUCCAGGCCCACCAAUUUUCACAUGAAUGUUGCACGCCUCUUUGCUCGAACGGAUUUUGUACUCUUUCUCGAUCAGGACACCUGGCCUUCACCAAUGACUCGUUCUUACAUUAGACGAAAUAAGGAAUUGCUUUUAAGAGAAGACGUCAUGAUCUUGCCUACCUUUGCCCACACAGAAAAUGCAUCCAAUCACGAUUUUCCACAAACCUCGGAAGAAAUAAAGGAGUUGGUUCAGAGGAAGGCUGUUGGAAUGAGAGAUCAUGGGUGGCCAUUGAACGAUGGUCCCACGAAUUAUGAAGAUUGGUCCAAAAUGGAGAUAUACAGUAUAUCGGAAUACGACUUAAAUUAUCAGCCAAAUUUUGUAAUAAAAAGAGGGAGCAAUAUUCCUUGGUGCACCGAACAAUUCGGCGACUUCGAUAAUAACAAGGCAGCAUGCCUGUUGCAAAUUUACCUUAACGGUGCAGAUUUAUGGGUCGUGCCAGAUGCAUUUUUGAUCGAAUAUCAUUACAACAAAAAUGACCUCUUAAAAUCAGCGGAAUCAAAAUGGGAGAAAAUCAUAAAAGAUCGCUUAUACACCAACUUCUAUCGGGCGGCUUGCAUGCAUUACUCACGAACACUUUCCUCGUUGGGAAAGUGGAAUACACCAGAGGCGAACAAUGCUAAACAACUGUGUCCAAGGAUAAUAACAAAUUGGGGUUUCGGAAUAAUUGGCUAA